CUAUGUUUGCCAAUUUAGAAAGUGAAAUCCACUCCUUAAAAUUUUCUCUCUCUUUCAGAUAAACAAUACUAAUGGCAAACCCGACCCGAAGAACUCCGGGGCUCCGAUCCCAAUCUCCAACCGGAAGAUUCGCAUCAUCCACCACCUCUGCUUUUACCCAAACGACGUCGUUUUUUCAAAACCACCGUUCCGCUUCACCUACACGUAUCAACUUAUAUGGAUCAUCAUCAUCAACAACAACUUACUCGUUAUUAUCAUUAUACAACCGUCAGAUGCCACGUGGCGGAAGCAAUCAAACCGUCAAAAAACCGUUACAAGCACCAAAAAGGAUGUGUAUGUGUUCACCUACAUCACAUCCAGGCUCAUUUAGAUGCGGUUUACACAAAUCCAAAAAUAAUAAUAAUCAAAAUAUUAAUAGUUAUUCUGCCAAUACGACGUCGUAUCCAUCAAACCGACUAAAUGCGAGAAGAUCCGCAAUGACUAACUCUUUAGUACGUAUAGGUACAGUUGAAGGUGGUGAUUUAGUGAAACGAGCACUUGCUGCUUUGAUUCGGCCGUCUUCGCAUCAGCAAAGACGGCGGACUUCGUUUCAACCGACCCGUAGUCGGUUGUCUGUCAUGACGACGUAUUGAAUAGAUAUAUACAUAUAUAUAUAGUGAUGGACGGUUCGAUGGAUAUGUUUUUUUUUUUAGUUAUAUAUUCCGGUCACCGAAUGAAAUCCCUAAUAUGGAUACUAGUUUGUUAAUUGUCGAUCAGAGUCCGUCUGUACAUACAGAAUAUAUAAAAAAAAUCGAGUUAUUUAAAAUA